ACAAAGGAUUAAUGAAUUAAUAUUACAACUACCAGAUCUAGUUAAAUUCCCUAGACUCUCCAAUCCAACUAAUUAAGUUACUAAUUAACCAACCACUAAUUCUUUCUAUAUAAACACCAGAUGAUCUAGUUCUAAAUUUAAUCAAGCGCUCCAAAUUAAGCAUCGAUCAUGGCUAGCUCCAUCAUCCUCAUCAGGCUUACUUGCAUGGUGCUCAUGUGCAUGAUGGUAUGUGCACCACUUGCUCAGGCUUCCAUAUCAUGUAACCAGGUUGUCGGCAGCCUGGCGUCCUGCAUAACCUACGUUAAGAGUAAUGGUAGUGGGGCCGUCCCUUCAGCCUGCUGCAAAGGGAUUUCUUCCCUCAGUAGUUCCGCCAAGACCACCGCCGACCGCCGGGCCGCCUGCGAUUGCUUGAAGAAAGCCGCUGGCGCCAUCGCCGGUGUCAACCGUUCUCUUAUUGCUGGCCUCCCUGCCAAGUGUAAUGUUAGAAUUCCUUACAAGAUCAGCACCUCCACCAACUGCAAAACCAUCAAAUGAGGUCGAUGAAGAAGCAAUAGUCAGCCACGUGCGGGAUGUAGUAGUUAGCUACUAGCUAGCAGGAGAAUAAAAUGGUUGUUGGGCCCAUACCUACGUGGCUCCUCACGUGGGAGUCGUUUAUGUUUCGUUUGCUGUCGUAUUUCAUCAUGUACUGUACUGGACACGUUUAUGCUAAAAUAAAUUAAUACUACUUCUCUCUC